CAUUAGCAUAGUCUACAAUUGAGUCUACGACGGUUAUUUUCACCAUASGAGUACGAUGGCUAUGCAAAGCUUGACUGUUGCGAUACUUUUGGCCGUUUUUCUUAGUCUACAAUUAGCACACAUCGAUUCACUGGAUACUGAGGUYUGUAUKCMAGGCAAAUACCACAAGAAAACACCAUCCAAAGAGACUGCAGAUUUCAAAGCGUGUCACGCAUGGAAAGACAAGUCAUGCUGCACAGCUAAUYUCACUGUUGAAAUCUCGCGACAUCGGGUGAAAAAUCUGUGGAACUUCCAUUGGGACCAUUGCUCAAAYCUGAGCCAGGCAUGCGAUAAAUACCUCGUCGAUGAAGAGUGUUUCUUUCAGUGUGAUCCAAAUCUAAUCAAAUGGCACAUUGGUAAGGCUGCGAUUAAAAGGGUUCCUAUUUGCAGUAGAUACUGUGAUGAUUGGUUCGAUGCUUGCAAGAAUGACCUGACUUGUGUCAGCGACUGGCUUAGCGACUUCAACUUUACUGCUAAUUCUUAUAUCUGUCCAAGAGACUCCAAGUGCCUCACCUACGCAGAGUACGAGAAGACCAGCAACUGCAUGCUGAUGGACUUCAAAGGUGCAAAUCCUAACGACAAGGUUGUCAAAGUGGUCAACUCUGGCCGCACUGUGACCAGCCUUGCCAUAUAUGUCCUAGUAGGCCAGUUCUUCAUCUUUUUUCUUKUUUGA